AUGUGUGUAGCGAUCUGUGCCAAUGUGCAGCAUGGACAGAAGAGGGAGGCGCAGCAGUCCCGGCAGCACCCACCCGGAAUGUGGAAGCGUUCGCGAGUCAGGGCUCGCGCCUUCCAGAUCCAGAUGAACAGGAUCAAGUGCACUGUGCCGCACGUAAACAUGAUCAAGAUGAACAAUGUGGCUAAUGCACACCAAUACGGUGCCAUCCCAAGGCGAGACGAAAUUUGUGCGUGGGUGACGCAGGGACAAAAGGUCACCAUGCAGCAGUUUGGUACACAAUGUUUAAAGCAGCCGCCGCACAAGGUGGUUUCCCAGCCUCCAAUCUUGAUGUCACUUAGCCCAUUGUCUUGUGCAAACGUUCCUCCGUUUGAGUUUCCAGUGGGGGUCACCGAAGCGUCUACUUGGAUGACGUAUGGAUGGUCGACCUCAUUGAGUGUUGGAGAUGGCGUCGGCGACUUGCAUGGAUGCUCGCCUUCAAUAACUUUCGGAGAUGGUAUCAGGGACAUGGUCUUGAUCAGGAAGUCGUCGAAGCGAUACGUGAGUGACGAAUGA